GAAGGAACGCUCUUACAGAAAGACAAAGAAUUCCUAUAGGCCACUACCACCAGAACGGCGAGAACGGCGCACAGAACAGUUUGUACCUGCAGCAGCACCGGCACCACCACGGCGCCCAGAACGGCGCCCAGCAAGAUGGCCGCCAUUACAAAAUGCUGAAAUUACCUCAACAACUCGGGCAACCGAAGCUCGUCCUGUGGAGGUGAUUGUCAUCAGCGAUGAUGAUAUCUGA